AUGGUUGCUCCGGCUAUUCUCAUGGGCAUUCGCGGUGUCCAGGUGCUGUUCAGCAUCAUUGUGCUUGGCUUGAGCGCAUAUCUUGUUGAUGCAUACAUCACCUGGGUACCAGGAAGCGUUGCGUUUAUGCUCUUCACCUCCAUCUGGACCCUUCUCGUUGUCGCCUAUCUGAUCCUUGCGCCGACCCGCUUCCCUGCAGCUGCGCACAAGUAUGCUGUCGCGGGAGUCGAGUUCAUCACCAUGAUCUUCUGGUUCGCCGCUUUCGUCGCUGUGGCUACGCGCUGGGGCGGUGAGUGGUGGGUUGGCCAUGGCACCUUCUGGAGCUGUGGUGUUGCUGCUAUUAUUUUCGGAGCAUUCCUCUGGUUGACAUUUGUCGCUACCACUGUUCUUGCGGCGCUACAUGUUCGUGGCUCAGCAAGCAGCGACCCCGCCCCACCCAUGACCAACGUCUAA